AGAGUAGCCGUUGAACCGCCUUGUUCCCUAAUUUAAAAGUUGCAAACCCACCCGACCAAUCCUUUUUCUUAACGCAAAGAGUUCUUCUUCAGCCCCACGGCCGCCCGCUCCUCCCUAUCAUCUCCAACGUCUCUCCCUUCUCCCUCUGCCUCUUCCGAUUCCAUUCUUUUGCUCUGUAGCAGAUUUGUUGCUGCUGCUGCUCCUGCAACGCCUCACGCCAUGGCCUCUUCAGAGCCCACGAUGUUAACCCCACUGCUGGAGAAAUCCAAGUCGAACCGCAGCAGCAGCGACUCCCAAAACAUACCAACCCCAACACCACCGCAAGUUCAUCACUGCAUUCCCUGCGCCGGCUCCGGUGCCGGCCGUCACAAGUCGUUGGCCGUCCUCUCCGGCCACGUCGGCUCCGUCUCCUGCCUGGCCCUCUGCGGCGAGUUCGUCCUCAGCGCCUCCCACGGCAAAGACAUCAUCGUGUGGCAGCAGCCCGACCUCCGAAGAUUCGCGAGGUUCGGCCACGGCUCCGGCUCCGUCAAGGCCCUCGUCACCGUCGGCAGCCGCAUUUUCUCCGGCCACCAGGACGGCAGGAUCAGGGUGUGGAAGGUGUCGCGCGGUUCCGAGAACAUCUUCCGGCUUACGGCCACCUUGCCCACCACCAAGGACUACCUGGGCCGGUUCCUGAAUCAGGGCAACUACGUGCAGACCCGGCGCAACCACCGGCGUCUGUGGAUCGAGCACGCCGACAGCAUCUCCUGCCUCGCGGUCGAUGGUGGCUUCGUCUAUUCGGGUUCCUGGGACAAGACGCUGAAGGUGUGGAGGGUGUCGGACCUCAAGUGCUUGGAGUCGAUAAGGGCGCACGACGACGCCAUCAAUGGGCUAGUCGCGCACAGGGGUGCGCUCUACUCGGCGUCCGCGGACGGGAAGAUCAAGAUUUGGGCGAAGGAGAAGAGCUCACAUCGCCUGAAGGGCGUGUUGGAGGGUCACAAGGACGUGUCAUGGAACUCGGUGGUGGUCGUUUGCGAGGACGGCAGGCUCGCCUACGGCGGAGGCUCGGACGGGCGAAUCAUGGGGUGGCAGGGGGGAGAGGGGGGUGGAAACUGGAAGCUGGUGUGCGACGUGAGGGCCCAUGAGAUGAGCGUGCUGUGCUUGUGCGCGGCGGGGGAGUUCCUCUGUAGUGGAUCAGCUGAUAAGAGCAUCGGGGUGUGGAGGAGGAGAGGUGGGGGUGGGCUUUGCAGGGUGGGGAUCAUCGGAGGCCAUGAGGCGCCAGUGAAGUGCUUGCAGGCUUCAGCUCACAGUGUGGGGGAGGGGUUUAUGCUCUACAGUGGAGGGCUCGACAGAAGCUUGAGGGUGUGGUGGGUGUCAAGAGAGCAGGGUGAAGUGAAGAAAGUGGAAGGCAAUAAUGGUGGAGCAGAAGAAGCAUUGGACAAGCUGAGCUAG